UUAUCUUUUUAUUCCUCACCAUUUUAAACUUCUGUUCUAAGCAAGCUCCAAUUCAAUGCCAGCCUUUGGUAGCCGUGAAUUGAUCUUUCUUGAUUAGAAGACUUAUUUUUAACAAUUCUUUGUAACAAAUAGAAUAAAUAAUACUGCUUUCAAUGUUUUCUUUUCAUUCAUUUAUGCAAAUAUGAUUGAUGAAUGUAUUAGACCGGCCAUCUAUUGGCUGGUUGUAUACAAAUUCAAAAGCCUCGUCUUAGUUUUCUGUAAGAUAAACUAGUUGUUGUAGACAGUUAGAAACUUAGAAGUGCACUUAAAUGGUACCUAGACCAUAGCCUCCCUUAGGGAUAUUUACAGUGGUCAAAGAAGUCCUUAGGAAAUUUCUUAACUUGGCUAACACCAAGCAGACAAACACCAAUUUUUUCACUUGUGUACCUCUGUUAGAAGGUAAACAAAAACAUGAGAAAGUAGGGUAGGUAAUCGAGACUCUGUUACUGUUUUUGCUUUUGUAUGUAUAAAUAUGGCAAUGUGGCAUGGUAGGAAGAAAGUUUUUUUAUCAACAUGUAAAAGUGAGGUGGGCCUAUUUGACACAUGAGCUAGUGAGGAAUCACAUGGAAUUGUCUUCUUAUUCAUCAUUGUAGUGAUAGAACUUAGACAGAAAACAUAUUAUUUUGUGGGGUAAAUAGAGCCAACACAGACCUCCACUUUGCAUUAGAUAAAAGAUUUUGGGUUAGAGAAAAAUGGAUUAAAGAUAAGACAUGAUUGAGACAUAUUAAGGUAUUAAUAGAAUAAAAAUAAAUUAAUAAAUGAAUGAAUGAAUGACUAGAUAGACUUUCUGCAUACUGCGCACGGUUGAGAAAUGUUUCAGCUAAAAGUGUUAUCCCAAUCCUAAAUCUGUGGCAGCUAUAGGAAUCAAUAAAGAGCCAUUUAGAGAAUUAAUCUCAAAUGGAGUGGUUGGUAUAAAGACAAUAGAAAAUGGUGUUUUCUUUAGAAAAUAUGUCUAGAGUAAUCACAUGGAAUUGUCACCCCCCACUUAUGAUAAUAUUUGAUAUAUCAGACUAGUUUGCUAAUUUGUUUUUGUGUGAGAAAAUUAUCAUGGCCCUCAGGCCUACCAUGUAUGAAAACAGUGUACGGUAUUGAAAGUUAGCUAUAACCAAUGCACUUACACUGUUUGUUGAUCAACAUUAUACAGACCAUUUGGACUAAAAACAAUAAUUUGAGACUACUAGACUUCUUGAUACUUGUUCAGCAGACACAUUGGUAUUCAGAAUUUAUGUUUUAUUAUUAUCAUAUUAACUUGUAAUUAGCCAUUAUCUAGCAAUGUUUUCUGACAAGAAGCAAGUCAGAUGUUGAUAGUUAAUGAGUUUGUGCCUGAAAUCAAAGCACACAUAACAAGCUAGUUUAGUGGAUUGACCAGCUUGACCUCUAAUAUUCUCUUCCUUCCAUUCAAUAUUUCCAAACACUUGACAGAAACCUCAGCUAAAACCUAUUCUGAUUUGAUAGUGAUCUUCAAAGUAGUGUCUUGGGGAUUCAUCUUGGUUUAAUCUGUCCCACAACACAUGAUUACUUGGUUUUUAGGCAUGGGUUUUAGCAAUGUUAUAAACAAAUUUAGAUUUUUUUUUAUAAUUCAACCUUUUUUCCCUUAAAUUUAUAUAUUAUUAAAAUUAUCAAAGAUUGUUCCUUUAUAUUGGAUAUGCAGAUUUGAUCCAACUAUCAAACAUUUUUCCAGCUGGCUUCAGUCUUGAAGUAGACCCCAAGCUACCAUUAUUUGGUCAAAGAACCUUUUUAUCAGUACCUGAACAUAGAAAAAGAGAAAAUGCUAUGAUAUGAUAAGAAAAUGAAAUAUUCUUGUGCUGUUGUGCAUAGAAAAUGGCUCUUGAAAGAUACUGGUUUAACUAAAAUAUGCCCAUGUGAGGUAUUCUAGAGGGACCCAAUACAAUGAUAUAUAGCUAGAGCAGGAAACUAUAGUGAAAACAGACCAGGGUUUGGAUAAUUGCUAGGCCUACCAAUCAGCUAAAAGGCUUACUGAUUGGUCCUCACUUGAAACUUAAAAAGCCACUAAAUAGUCCAAGACCAAGUUCAAUGCUUUGAUGAAUGAGUUUGAUGGUAGGGAAAGAUGUCUUGGAACUCAUUAGGACAAGACCAUGUGAAUCUUCAGCUUGGCUUUCACUUGAUAUGUUUCUAAACAUUCUUUCGUUGAUCUCUCUCAUCACUUACCAGUCCUACUUAUUUUUAAGUUUUCUCAAGAUGGGCAUUGGACUGAAAGGAAUAUCUCAAGCCAAGCAUAAACUUCAGAGAACUCUUUCAGCAAGAUAUGGGGCUAUUUCAGCCAAUGCUACUAAUGAUGUUCCAAAAGGUCAUUUAGCUGUUUAUGUUGGAGAAUCACAAAAGAAGAGGUUUGUCAUUCCAAUAUCUUACUUGAACCAUCCUUUGUUCCAAAAUUUGUUAAACCGAGCUGAGGAGGAAUUCGGAUUUGACCAUCCAACAGGCGGCCUCACAAUCCCCUGCAGUGAAGACUACUUCAUCAGUCUAACUUCAGCUCUAAGUUGACAAUAUUUUGGUCUAAUGAAGCCUAUUUAACUUGUAUCUUCCUCUUGCUUGGUUAAACAGAAAAAAAAAAAAAAAGAAGCCAAUUGAGACUGAUUAAAAGCCAGAAAAGUAUCCUCAAUUCAUCCUAUAUGUGAUGUUUUUGUAAUCUUAAUAAGCUAAAUUCUUUUACCAUUACAUCA